UUUGACUUUUAAGGGGUAUCUUUGCCGGUUACUGCAGGACAACGUACUCCUGUCAAGGAUCAUGUUUAACUUCGCAGACUUAUUACACAAGUUGCGGAUUUUGGGGCUGGAGCAGAUGCGCCAGAUACCGAUACGUUUACCAGCCAUGUGCUCAGACAUGCUAUAGAAGUGUAUGCUGUUUGGGCUAUUCUGGAAGUGACUGUAGCAUUCCUUCGUGUUUUGGGUCAUAUUCGUGUCCUAACGGUGGUAAAUGCCAAUCUCCAGACAUGUGUAGCUGUCCACGUGGCUUCUCCUCGCCCAGGUGUUAUGAUAUCAACGAAUGCAGCAGCAGCGGUCAUGGGUGUCAACACAAUUGUGUCAAUACUCAUGGCUCUUACCGUUGUACAUGUAGAGCAGGCUUUACACUGACCUCGGAUCUCAAGUCAUGUCAAGACCUAAACGAAUGCAAUGUCAACAAUGGAGGAUGUAGUCACAAAUGCAACAACAAUGUCGGAUCCUUCUCGUGUAGUUGUAGGACAGGAUACACAAUUGGUACUGACGGACGAUCAUGUAACGAUGUGGAUGAAUGCAUGCUCGGAACAGCAGCUUGUUCUCAUAAAUGUACAAACACUGAAGGUUCCUUUACAUGCUCAUGUAAUACUGGAUAUACUUUAAGUGUGGACAGACGUUCGUGUGAAGAUGUCGACGAGUGUGUUGAAGGAACAGCCAAAUGUGAUGGUUACUGCAACAACACCCCUGGGUCUUACACGUGUUACUGCGACCCUGGUUAUAUCCCUGACAGUACCGGCUAUUCAUGCAGAGACGUGAAUGAGUGCGACACUGGGAACGGCGGGUGUACUCAAACAUGUAUAAAUGAGCCAGGUUCACACAGGUGUGAAUGUCAAAACGGAUACAAAGCUGUGUUUUCAAGUACAGAUAGCGAAGUGUGUGAAGAUAUAGAUGAAUGCAUGGAAUCAAGUGCAUUUUGCUCUCAAAUUUGUAACAACACAGUUGGGUCCUUUAAGUGUAUUUGUAAUAGUGGUUUCAGCCUAGACACAGAUGGUAUUUCUUGUAUAGACGUUGAUGACUGUGAAGGUGUUGUAUGCAUGAACAAAGGUACAUGUGUUGAUGGGUUGAUCAAAUACACGUGUACGUGUGAAACAGGUUUCCGCGGCAAACACUGCGAAACAGAUAUAAAUGAGUGCGAAUUCGCAAAUGGGGGUUGUCAAGAUGUAUGUACAAACUCAGAAGGUUCGUUUUACUGCAGUUGUUCAGGGAAUCGAGAGCUAAGCGAGGAUGGUUUCUCGUGUUUUGGAGGGGAAGAAGAAACCCAGACUGUGUUUGAACGACUCGAAAUUCCUCGACAGCUCCUGCCGAAAGCGUGUUUCACUGUAACGCUUGCCCAAUGCGUAGAUGGAAAUGACAUUACAAUCUAUUUAAGCUCUACAUCGCACUGGUAUAAACUACAUGUUGAUCAAGACGUGAUGUUUACAUACGGUGUUGUUUUUGCUAACGUAAACAAUUUCUCUGUGCCAAUAUCACUAAAGGGACUUGAGGUGAUUGUACGAAAUGACGAGUUUACGUUAAAUUAUGGGUCGCUAUACGAAUUGACUGAAGGAGCAAUAAUGGAAAGUGGAAAAACAGACGAUGUUUGUGCAGCGUUUGAACUUGUUGAAAGUGAUAUUUUCGAUUUCAUAAGUAUGGACUCCUUUAUGAAAACUUUAUUGUUCUCGCUAUUUCCUGCCAUUCCUUCCUGGCUAAGAUUUGAAAAAUCAAGAACUGAGAUUUUGUCUAUUCAAGAUACAAAAAGUACUCUUGUUUAUGGGAAAGACAUGGAUGAUGUUUCGUGGUGUGACGGUGCACCAGUUAUCUCAAAUCAUUUAUACACGGUAUUUAAGUUUAGUACAGGAUUUAAGCUCAAUAUAUUCGGGGAUGUAAUAGACAUACCAAAACCAUUAAGUUCGAGACGAUUUUGCUUGAUUGUCGACCUUUGCCAACAUAAUGGCGGGACAGUGUUUUUGAUGAUACCAGAUGGUUCCCGAGAUAUGUUAUUAGACAUCAGCAUGUUCCAAGCGCUAAAGAAUAGACAAAACUUGCACAUUCGUCCGAGAGGAAUCGGAAUUUCACUUUCGAAAGGAAUAAAUGCAAAUUACCACACAUUAUCUGGACAACUCUGGAAUGGAGACAGAAUGUUUACCCCAUUACAACCAAAUGUGGAUGUCUGGAUAGGUGGUGGUAUGAGCAAAAAUGACACACAUUUUACAGUUGAAGGAAACGCUGAUAUCUAUUUUGGUGUACCAAGCGUUCAAACAAUAUUAACAUCAAUGUUUGUAGAAGAGUGGACAGGAUUUAUCGAUAUCCAACUAUCUUUGUCACCUGUUCUCCGAUUUGAUUUAUUUGGCAAGGAACGUUCUGUGACCCUUCCGUUGCUUACAUCUACUGCAAAUGCGUAUAUUUCUAUCGGAGAAGCCCCAAAGCUUGUAAAACAGCUUCACAACCAGACUGUCUUGUACGGCAGCGAUGUUACAUUAUUUUGCAAUGCUACAGGCGAUCCGGAACCUGAUUUUAUUUGGCUGAGGAAUGAAAUGAUUAUCCCAGGGGAAAGUUCCAAUAUUCUGACCAUUUUAAACGUUACCGAAAUUGAUUCUUAUGACAAGUACAAUUGUAUUGCUGGGAAUGUUGUAGCUAAUAUCACCUCUUCAGAUGCGUAUAUAAAUGUUGUACUACAAGGGUCAUACAUUUGCUCCUGCUUUGAAGGAUACUCCCUUGAUGAAGAUGGAAUAACAUGUUCAGAAAUGAAUGUCUUAAUGACAACGGUGGCUGCGAUCACAUAUGUAACAACACAAAUGGACAUUUCACCUGUACGCUGUAAGGAAGGAUAUAAUUUACAUGAAAAUGAUAGGACCUGUACCGAUAUGAACGAAUGUCUCAACAAUAAUGGUGGCUGUUUUCACACAUGUAGCAACACAGAAGGUUCAUUCAUUUGUUCCUGUAUCGACGGGUAUGAUUUACAUACUGACAGGCGAACAUGUAUCGACAAUAACGAAUGUCUUGAUAACAACGGUGGUUGCGCACAUAUUUGCACCAAUACAGAUGGCUCUUUCACCUGUGCCUGUAAUGACGGUUUUGAUUUGCAAGGAAGUGAGGAAACAUGUAUCGACAUUGAUGAGUGCGUUGUUGACAAUGGGGGUUGUGAUCACAACUGCAGGAACACGGACGGCUCGUUUACCUGCUUUUGUAACGAAGGAUUUAGUAUUCAUAAAGAUAACAGAACAUGUGUCGAUAUAAACGAAUGUAUUGACGGCAACGGUGGCUGUGAUCACAUAUGUAGCAACUUGGAUGGCUCGUUUAGCUGUUCUUGUAAUAACGGGUACAGUUUAGAUGAAAAUAACAGAAUAUGCAUCGAUAUUAAUGAAUGCCUAAGUAACAAUGGUGGUUGUGAUCACGCCUGCAGCAACAAGGAUGGCUCGUUUAUUUGUUUUUGUGAGGACGGUUAUAAUUUGCAUGAAAAUAACAGGACAUGUAUCGAUAUUAAUGAAUGUCUUAAUGACAACGGUGGUUGCAACCACAUGUGUAACAACACAAUUGGACAAUUCACCUGCACUUGUAAGGAAGGAUAUAAUUUACAUGAAAAAGAUAGGACCUGUACCGAUAUAAACGAAUGUCUCAACAAUAACGGUGGUUGUCUUCACACAUGUAGCAACACGGAAGGUUCGUUCAUGUGUUCCUGUAAUAAUGGGUAUGAUUUACAUACUGACAGGCAAACAUGUAUCGACAAUAACGAAUGUCUUGAUAACAACGGUGGUUGUGGGCAUAUAUGCACCAACAAUGAUGGCUCAAUUAUCUGUUCCUGUAACGCCGGGUAUAGUUUACAUGAUGACAAAAAGACAUGUGUCGACAUAAACGAAUGUCUUGCUGAUAAUGGUGGUUGCGGUCAGGUAUGCAUCAAUGUAAAUGGGUCGUUCAGUUGUUCAUGCACCGACGGAUAUAAAGUACAUGCAAACAAAAAGGUAUGCAUCGACAUUAAUGAAUGUCUUGAUAAAAAUGGUGGCUGUAAACACAAAUGUGAAAAUCUUGACGGAUCAUUCAAAUGUAUGUGUCAAGACGGGUACAAUCUUGACUUUGACAUGGUUUCAUGUUUUGAUAUAAACGAAUGUGCAGAUCAAAAUGGCAAGUGUGAAGAGAAGUGUAUCAACUUCGAUGGAACAUACAAAUGUGUUUGUGAAGAUAAACGACUUUUGAAUGAGGACGGUUUAACAUGUAAAGAUGUGAGUGAACAAGCGGUAUCUUCAACUAUUCGCCUCUCUAUAGAAAGUGAAAUCGCUUUAAGAAACUACUCUUUGUAUACAGAAAUAAGGAAAACAUUGGAGGGAUACUUCAGAACGGCAACAAAAGCUUCUGUUUACGUUUAUGUCAACAGUAUAAGAGCCGGAAGUAUCAUUGUAGAUUACACAGUCAUUAUUGAUGAUAAGGAAAAUCAGACUUUGGUAGCUGAUACUGUUGUUCAGGCAAUUUUGGAUCUAGAUGAGGAAGGGAGCCUUGAUAUUGACGGAAAUCGUGUUUCAGUCAAACCGAUAUUACCAAAACAUGCAGACCCAUGUUACCUACGGGAACUUCUUGCAGGACAGUGUGAUAAGAAUAGUCGUUGUCAAGUUGUUGGCAACAAGCCAAUUUGCCGAAAUACGUAUGACGAAAGUGUCAAAGAGGACUAUCUUAUUAUUGUUGGACCAGUCUUGGGAGUUGUUGCUUUUGUAGUGGCAGUAAUAUUGAUGAUAAUGUGUGCGCUGCAGAUCAGACGCUACCGAAAACAAUGGUGGCCAAACAGAGGAAAAGCCUCACACGAGUCAGGAACAUAUGAAGCACCACCUUACUUAGGUCGAAAGAACCUGAUUUGGAAUUUUAACAGAGGGGCCGCCUGCUCUGCUUCAUUACCAAGUUUCAAGGUAAAUGGUGGCCGUUCAUUCCCGUGGAUGGCUGGUGGCAACGAUUUGAAUUCUCCAUACAUGGAUGGACAAUGAUGACCAAAUUGGUUCUGAAUAAUUCAAGUUGUUCAUGUUUUUCACAUAUGGCGCUUUUACGCUUAACGUUAUUUCUAAAUGUUUAGACAUUCAUAUUUUACGCGAGAAUAUUAGCAAUGAUUUUCAUAUCACAUACCUUUUUCAGAAGUGUCAUACAUAUCAAUCAUUUAUUUUUCAUCAUUGAUACUUAUAAAAGCUUAUUUUGUAAUAAUUGCAAAAGGUCACAAAAGGUCACUUCAAAUGACUGUAAUAUAAUAAAGUUCUUGAGUUCAUUUUAUAAGAGGCAUUCGUUUUGUCGGAGCCUGUUCAUGGACUGUCUAGUGCAAAGUACCAGCCCGCCUCCUAGCACAAGCUUAAGCAGAAUUCAACAUUAAAUAUGAAAAUGAUGAAAAUUCAUACAGCGGUUAUGAUGGACUUUGAAUGCGACACUUUCGUACUUGAAGGUUCUCCAUGAAAAGCGGCAUAUGUUCCCUGAGUAAAAGAAAAUGUGUCUCUUAAACUUGAAAACAAUGGGCGGAACUAAACUAAAUGGAAUUUUGAAACGUGAUCAUAAAGACUGCAUGCUACAGAUAAGACGUAAAAAGACAAAUUUAAAAAAUGAAACUGGCAAUUAAUAACAUUAUCAAGUGUAUGUAAUAUUAUAAUCAAUUCGGAAAUUUAAAGCAAUUAUCCUGUAUAUAAUAUUAUCAUACCUCUUUCUCUGCUGCUGACUUCUUGUUAUACUGCUUAUUUGUUUGUUUUUAUAAAUAAAACAUAAACAAUGAAGAAGUUAUAUUAUUUUA